GAAGAUAUUUGACGUUACUGUUUCGAUCUCCCCUCUUAAUGAUGUUCCCUCAAUACGUUCCCUCAAUACCGGUUUUCACACAGAUAUAACAGCAGUCUUAUCCGGUGUCUUGUGUAAGUCGGUUGUAUAUCGCUUUCAACAAAUUCUCCUCAGCAAGUCAUCUAAAAAUAAAGAAUGGCGGAUGCUGCUAAAACAACAUCAAACUCUUCCGAAGGUCCUCGUCUUGAGGUGCUGGACAGAGUGAAAAAUAUUCCGGUAGUUCAUUCAGCGAUCGAAAAGACAGGAUCUACAUAUUCUUACGUUAAAGAUUCUCACCAUUUGAUAAAUUGGGCGUUGAAUCAAGCCGAAGCAGGGCUGCACUAUGCGACCGCCACGGCCGCACCGCUUGCUGCACCCUUGGCCAAGAAAUUCGAAGGACAAAUCAAUGCUGUCGACCAGAAACUAUGCGAGGGAUUGAACAUAGUCGAACAAAAAGUUCCGAUCGUGAAGAAACCACCUCAGCAGAUAUAUGAUGCCGCCAAAGCGGUUAUGAGCAGCUCUCUACAGCCGACCAUCGAAAAACUUAAUACAGCAAAAGAAUCAGCUACGCAACAGGCAUCUACGUUAAAAGAGAUCAGUAUAACUAAAGCGAAUGAACUCCUAAACACGCAAUACGGUAACAUGGCUGUACAAGGCGUUGAUAAUACCAGUGUACUUGCCAAUCGUUUAUUGGAUCAUUAUUUCCCACCGGUGGAAGGAGAAGAGAAUGCACCACAUCCUAUUUCCGCGGAGGAGAACAAAGUUCUUCAUGCGGUGCAAACGAUUGGACAACUGUCAACGAAAACUGCUAAUCGCGUUUACCAUUCGGUUGCCGCUCAAUUGAAGACAAUAAAAAAGGAGGACGUAGCGACGUAUAUAUCUAGCGUAGUAUCCAUUCUCCAUCUCACACAAUACUUGCACCCUGGACAGGCAGAUAAUGAGACAAAUAGUUCGACGGAGAAUAAAGACGAAGAGAAAAAAUAAACCGAAAGACGCUUCAUUUGUUCAAUAUGUUCAUUUGCAUCCAAAUCGAUACAUAAUUUAGUUAAUUU